GUUGUGGUGGGCUCUUAAAAAAUUGAGAACUUUACCGCUUGAUAUACAGGGGAGGAUUAUCUAUUGGAGCUGCAAUGUCGAUUGCCAGUGUGGCUCUUACUCCUGUUUAUGAAGAUUAUUGGAACUUUCCUGGUCAUGUCUUGGGUAGAAAUGGGGCUUUUUCAAAUGAAUCCAUCGUAAUUUUCCUUGCAAUUGGAGGGUCUGUGAUACCUAUGCAGGUAAUGGGGUCUGAUUCUAUUGCUUCUGUAAAGCUCAGGAUACAGAACCGUAAGGGAUUUUUUGUGAAGAAUCAGAAACUUGUUUUUGAUGGGAAAGAAUUAUCGCGGAAUAAUUCCCGUGUUCAGGACUAUGGGGUCACUGAUGGGAAUGUGUUGCAUUUGGUCCUUAGGCUAUCAGAUCUCCAGGCGAUUACUGUUAGAACUGUUUGUGGGAAAGAGUUUGAGUUCCAUGUUGGACGAAAGAGAAAUGUGGGCUAUGUGAAACAGCAGAUUGCUAGAAGCGGGAAUGAAUUUCUCGAUCUCAAGGAUCAGGAGUUAGUAUGUGAUGGUGAGGAACUAGAAGAUCAGAGGCUCAUUGAUGAUAUUUGUAAGACCAAUGAAGCAGUAAUACACUUGCUUGUCCGUAAGUCAGCAAAAGUUAGAGCUAAGCCUGUUGGAAAAGAUUUUGAAGUCUCGAUUGUUGCAUCAGAAGUAGAUAAGAGUAGGAGGGCUGACUCAGUAGAUGAGAGAAGUUCUGAGGUGGAAUCAUUAGUUGAGAAACUUCCAGUUGCUGCCAUAAGGCCUUUGGAGAAAGAAUUCUUUUUGGAACCACUAGUAGUCAAUCCAAAUAUUAGGCUAUCAUCUGUGAUUAAGCAACUUGUUGAUGCCACUUACCAUGGACUGGAGAAGGGUAAUCCACCGAUUAUGUCGUCUGAGGGGUCAGGGGGUGUUUAUUUCAUGCAAGAUUCAUCUGGUCAGAAGUAUAUUUCUGUAUUUAAGCCAGUUGAUGAGGAACCCAUGGCUGUAAACAACCCUAGAGGGGUUCCCUUGUCCGUCAAUGGUGAAGGGUUGAAAAAAGGGACACGAGUUGGUGAAGGGGCUGUAAGGGAAGUUGCAGCAUACAUCUUGGAUCAUCCAAAGGGUGGACAGUGCUCGUAUCUUAAGAAUGAGAAAGGCUUUGCUGGCGUUCCCCCAACUGUGAUUGUCAAGUGUCAACAUGAAGCAUUCAAUUAUUCUGAGGGCUUUCACCCAUCCUAUAAGAAUACUAAGGUUGGAUCACUCCAAUUGUUCAUGGAGAACUGCGGCAGUUGUGAGGACAUGGGGCCCCGUAAUUAUCCUGUGGAUGAAGUACACAAGAUUUGUGUUCUGGAUAUUAGGUUAGCAAAUGCAGACAGGCAUGCUGGCAACAUCUUGGUUUGCAAAGAUUCCGAAGAAGGUCGGAUUAACCUCAUUCCAAUUGAUCAUGGCUACUGCUUGCCUGAAAAUUUCAAAGACUGCACCUUUGAUUGGCUUAAUUGGCCUCAAGCACGCCAACCGUUUUCGCCAGAGAUAAUUGCCUACAUAAACUCGCUCGACGCUGAGAAAGAUAAUGAACUUUUGAGGCUGCAUGGAUGGGAACUUCCAUUUGAUUGCGCGCGCAUCCUUCGCAUCUCCACCAUGCUGUUGAAAAAAGGUGCAGGGAGAGGGCUUAAUGCAUUUCAAAUUGGAAACAUCAUGUGCAGGGAAACACUGAAGAAGAAAUCGGUUAUUGAGCAAAUUGUCCGAGAAGCACAAGAAGCUGUGCUUCCUGGAAUGAGCGAUGCUGCAUUCCUCGAGUCGGUGUCAUUGAUCAUGGAUCGUUACCUUGAUGCCAUGUCUGCAAGUAAAUAUGUAGGUAGGUAGAAUGUACGUAGAAUAUUGUGACUGGUCGGAUGGAGGAUGGACGGCCAAGGAUGUUGCUUAAUCUCUAUCCCUCCUGGGUAGUCCUACAUCGCGACCCUAUGACUUUGUUGCGCUUAACUCCGCUCUUUUGAGCAUUAUGACUGUUGAAACUGAGAAUUGAAAGCAUCGCUUUCCUCGUAAAAGUGUUACCUGAUACCAUGGUCUCGUCAAAUCUCUGUUCUUUCUUCGUGUUUAUCUCUAGUUUUGUUCUUUUGCGUUUUUUCC